AUGCGCGUCUCCUCCACCAUCCUCGCCGCUGCAGGCCUCUUGACCUCGGCCAACGCUGCCAUCAAGGGCUUCAACUACGGCGCCAACUUCAACAACAACCAGGCCAAGGUGCAGGCCGACUUUGAAUAUGAAUUCAACGCCGCCAAGCAGCUUCCUGGCACCAAUGGGUGGACCAGCGCCCGUCUGUACACCAUGAUCCAGCACGGCACCCAGACCGACGUCAUUGAAGCCAUCCAGGCUGCCAUCAACACCAAGACCGGUCUCCUCCUCGGCAUGUGGGCUUCCGCCGGUCAGGCCAACUUCAACAACGAGAUUACUGCUCUCAAGGCCGCCAUUGCUCGGUACGGCACUGCCUUCACUGACCUCGUUGAGGGUAUCUCCGUUGGCAGUGAGGAUCUCUACCGUGUCACCCCCACUGGUAUCGAGAACAAGUCCGGCGCCGGUGCUCAGCCCCAGGAGCUCGUCAACUACAUCAAGCAGACCCGUGAUGCCAUCCGCGGCACUCCUCUCCAGGGCAAGCCCAUCGGUCACGUCGACACCUGGACCGUCUAUGUCAACGCUACCAACAACCCCGUCAUUGAGGCCGUUGACUUCAUCGGCAUGGACGCCUACCCCUACUUCCAGACCACCAUGAACAACAACGUCGGUUCGGGCAGCCAGCUCUUCUUCGACGCCUACCACCAGACUGUUGCCGCUGCCAAGGGCAAGCCCGUCUGGGUUACCGAGACCGGAUGGCCCGUUAGCGGCGAGACACUCAACCAGGGUAAGCCCAGUGCGGAUAAUGCCCGCAUCUACUGGGAGGACGUUACCUGCCAGCUCGUCAAGGACAACGUCAACCUGUGGUACUACAUCCUCCAGGAUGUCCAGUACGGCAACCCCGUCCCCUCGUUCGGCAUCAAGCCUGCGGGUGACCUGAUGCAGGUGAAGCCUUUGUUCGACCUUUCUUGCCCCGCAGGUUCUGCACCCACCAACCCAUCCAAGAAGGUCUCUACCGAUGGUACUUGCGGUUCCCAGGGAGGUGCUACCUGCGCUGGCUCGCCAUUCGGUAACUGCUGCUCGCAGUACGGAUGGUGCGGAAACACUGCCGGACACUGCGGUACCGGUUGCCAGAGCGGAUCGGGUACUUGCACCAAGAGUUCAGCGUCGCUUUCCGCUUCGUCCACUGGAAUUGGUCUUGAGAACAUCGAAGGCCUACCGCAACCAACUUUCACCCCUCUUCAAGAACCAUUCGAAUACCCCCAUCAGCUCAUCCCCAUUGAUAAGGCCGACCCCACCAAGGUGAUUGGCAACGGAUACACUGCCCAGCUAUCACCUACCAUAUCAACCGUCUUCGUUUACGAUAUCCGCCCUGAGUUCGCCGGCAAGACUUGCACUUUGGCUCUACACAUGCCCCCGCCCUUUCCCAUACCCGAAACGGCACCCGUUCAAAUUCGCACUCCGGGUGGCAUCAGCGUAUCUCGCCUCGCCAACCAAGUUCCCGAUACUGUUUCCAUGCAGAGUGUUGGCGAUUCAAGUCUCGUCGGUGUCGUACAACUCAUCGAGCCUGCUCAUCAAUACAACGUCGCUAGCUUUCCCUGCGAAGCUGGUCAACGGGUUAGUUACCAGGUGGAUUCGAUCAAUGGGCUCGACAUGAAUUGGUUCCAGAUGACGUAUCCUGCUCUCGGGCUGUUUAUGCUGGUCAACUAG